AUGUGGGGUAAAGAAGAUGCAGAAACUUCAGUCGGGUACCAUCGUCGCGAGAACUGGUCACAUUUGGAGAAUUUAGUCGUUUCUGAUGACACCUACAAUACUCCUGGACCUAUAGAUGCUCUCAUCGGGUGCGAGUUAUUCCCUUUAAUUUUGUUGCCUGAGAAGGUGUGCGGUAAAGAGUUGGAACCUGUCGCAUUCAAUACAUUAUUUGGCUGGGUAGUGAUGGUUGACUGUCCCUUAUGGUGGGCGGGACCAGCUUGGUUGUCGCGUCCCUCCGAAGAGUGGCCCAAACACGAACUUGGUGAAUUGGACGAACCACUACCAGAAGAAAGAGGGACCAUUCUCACGGUAAUAGAACCAAAAAUGGGCGAUUUGCCUAGUUUCCGCAUUACCCAAGCCAAGCCCUUUCAAUGUACUUCUUUGGAUUUCGGUGGCCCUUUUCAGAUACUGAUGGCAAGACAUAGAGGUUGCCGUACUCAAAAGGCUUAUCUAUCUCUCUUUGUGUGUUGUUCUACAAAGUGCCUGCAUUUGGAACUGGUAUCAGACCUAUCCACUUCUGCCUUUCUUGCGUCAUUGCGUCGCUUCAUCAGUCGACGUGGUAGAUGCUCCAAACUGCACAGUGAUAACGGUACCAACUACGUUGGUGCAGCUCGAUACUUAGCAGAUUGCAUGGCUAAAGCAGCCGCUGAGGAAUUAAUCGAGUGGAAAUUUUUCCCGCCUUCAGCGCCUCACUUUGGUGGGUUACACGAAGCUGGCAUUAAAAGCGUCAAAACCCACAUUACUAAAAUCAUAGGGGAACAAUUACUUACCUAUGAAGAAUUUUACACAGUUCUCACUCAAGUUGAGGCCGUACUCAACUCUAGACCACUUUGCGCUAUGAGUAGUGAUCCCAACGAUCUAUCCAGUUUAACACCAGGUCAUUUUCUCUCCUUAGCUCCUUUAUCAGCUAUUCCCGAUCACGACCUCACUUGUGUUCCUAUGAAUAGACUUGAUAGGUGGCAGUUACUGACCAAAAUGCAUCAAUCAUUUUGGAAAAGAUGGCAUAUGGAAUAUCUUCAUUCUUUACAACAGAGAGCUAAAUGGGAUAAAGAUACCACUCUUAUCACGCCGGGUACUCUAGUUGUACUGAAGGAGGAUAAUUUACCUCCCCUCCAGUGGAGACUGGGACGGAUUGAUUCCAUUCACCCUGGUGCUGACGGUGUUCCACGAGUAGUCACUGUCAGAACCCAAAACGGUUUAAUCAAACGACCGGUUAUUAAGGUAUGUCCUCUGCCGGCCAAUUAA